AUGGCCCGUGAGUGCAGCGAGGAAUCUCAGGAAAUUCGAUUAAGGAGCAGGAAGCCGUUAACCACUCAAUCUAAGAAGAGUGAGAAACUGGGUGAAAAAGAGACACCGGAGCAGGAAAUUACAGAGACAGAGAAAAAAGACAAGCAAUUCUCCAUGUUUUUGGAAGUCUUUCGAAAGCUUGAGAUCAACAUCCCCUUUGUAAAGGCCCUUGAACAAAUGCCUCUUUAUGGCAUGUUCAUGAAGGAGUUGUUGAGAAACAAGAGGUAUUGGAAAGAAGUUGAGACAAUGAAGGCUUUGUGUGAUCUUGUAGAAAGCACCAACCUUAUGCCACUAUCAUUAAUGAGAAAGCUCCAAAUUGAUGAAGUAAAGCCUACCCCUAUUUGUCUCCAACUUGCUGACUACUUUAUCAAGUACCCUUUUGGAGUGGUGGAGAAUCUACUUGUGAAAGUAGGGUCUUUUAUCUUCCUUUCUAACUUUGUGAUAUUGAAUAUAGAAGAGGAUAAGAAUGCAUCCAUUAUUCUUGGAAGACCCUUCUUAGCCACAGCAAGAGCCCUUAUAGAUGUUCAGAAGGGUGAAGUAACUCGGAGGGGUCAAUGA